AUGCUGCUGACGGUAGCCAGCUGGCCUCCGGCUACUUUAGGCUGUCGCGGUGCUUGGCAUGCAGCCUCACAGCCAUCGGCACGGCCGCAGUGCGGCGGCGCCGCGGAGACCGAGAGACGAGCGCGGUCAUCUCCCGGCCUCGGAGGCCACGGCGAGACGGGCGAGAAUCUCGAGAAGGCCGCUUUCCGCGGCGGAAGGGCGUCCGAACGCCGGAAGUCCGAAACCGCCAUGGAGUGGGGCGGCGUGAAGGUAACGGGAGCCGCAGCCGAGUGGCUUCAGUCACAGAUGGAGCUGGGAGGUGGGACGUUUGAGCCAUCACCCAUUCAGGAAGAGGCUAUGUCGCGCAUCUAUGAUGGCGAGUCUUGCUGCAUCCACGCUCCCACUGGAACUGGCAAGACACUCUGCUACCUGCUUCCCCUGUUGCAGCGAUUCACGGAAGAGGCUGCGCGAGCACCCGCUCGAGGCCUUCGCUUCCUCAUUUUGGUUCCGACGGCGGUCCUUCAGGUGCAAACAGUCGCUCUUGCCCGUGCGCUUCUUGGACCUGGCAAAGCGGAAAAUGUGACCCUCAUGCGACGUGAUGCAGACAACACAUCAGAGCCCAGCAACAUCGUCGUGGCCACGCCACGUCACAUUCGAGACUUGUUGGACGAGCCCAUGACGCAGCCUUUGUGGCUGCGCGCCUUAGGCCAGCUCGACUGGGUCGUCGUAGACGAGGCCGAUCAGCUUGUGGACAAGUGGCAUCGGGUACAACGCAAGAAAGCAAGCCGGGAGGGCCGAGUCCUCCCCGCAGUAGCUCUGUUGAAAGAGAUCGAGUUGCAGACCACCAAGGCCGGUCGUCGCGACGAGUGGCAGCUCGUUGGUGCAACUGCCACCCUCAACCGCAGAACGUUCCGCAACGUCAAGUACAGUGCUGGCAUCGACCUGGCACUGAUCCGCGCUCCUGGAAGCACAAUCCCAGAGGCUGAAGCGCAGGAAACUGGUGGACAGUAUGGGGAUGGCACAACCGGCUGGCCAGAUAAGCUACGUCAUCGAGUACGAGUUCCCAUUCCGUUUCGCUUUCCCAAGGUGAUGUCAGUAGCUGCCAAGACCAUCUACGAGCUGGAGGCAAAACGGGUGCUAGUGGUCCUUGCUACGACCGGGCGAGGAGGCCGAGCUCCGUCGAGUGUGUACGGCCGCAGCUUGGUCUUGAGCCAGCUGCGCUUUCGGCUAGAGGACCUUGACGACGCGAGCGAGCAAGGCAGACUGGACGACGGGAGGUUUUUUCAGGUCAUUAGCAUCUCCGAAGCGAUUGAGGCAGCAGCUAAGCUGUGGUCCAGCGAAGGAAGUCGACAGAGGGUGCGAGACGAAAGGCAUUGCCAGGUCAUCGUGGCCGCAGCCCAGGAGAUUCGGGGUAUGCAUUUGGACUUUAUCGACGCCGUCGUGUUGAUUGGCGACCCAAACAACAUCAGCGACUACAUGCAUGCUGCCGGCCGCACCUGUCGCUACCAGCCCGGAUCAGCGGAGCCCUUGGAGGGCACGGUGGUGUCCAUCGUCGAGGACUCUGUCGCCAACAAGAUGAUGAAAUGGUCCAACUUGUCCGGUUUCAAGCUGGUCGAGGUUCCGAUGAAGCGGAAUGUCAAGACUGGGGAGCCAGCGGAGAGGCUGCUCACGAAGCGGCAGAAGCAGGCUGCCGCUGAGAUUGGCGAGGCUCUGAAGGAUCUCGACGACGACUUCCCAGAAUCGUACGAGUACGACGAGCCAGAGUUGUACGAGUACGACGAGCCAGAGUUCAGGGAGGCGGAGCAUGAGCCAGCCCUGUCUCCUCCAUCAGUCUGGAGCUGA